AUGGGCAACACCGCUUGGUUUGAGGUCGAGUGGACCGAUCAGGCCCUUGACAAAGCUAGAGCUGAUGCCAAACGCGCUGGCCAGACGCCGCCUGCUCCUCACCGAGGUAGAAUCAACUUCAUCCUCUACGAUGAUGUAGUGCCCAAGACCGCCGAGAACUUCCGUGCCCUCUGCACUGGCGAAAAGGGCUUUGGCUACAAGGGCAGCUCGUUCCACCGAAUCAUCCCUCAGUUCAUGUUGCAAGGUGGCGACUUCACUCGAGGCAAUGGCACUGGCGGCAAGUCGAUCUACGGCGAGAAGUUUGCCGAUGAGAAUUUCAAGAAAGCCCACACCAAGCCAGGGAUCUUGUCCAUGGCCAAUGCUGGUCCCAACACCAACGGCUCUCAGUUCUUCAUCACGACCGUCGUCACCUCUUGGCUGGAUGGCAAGCACGUCGUCUUCGGUGAGGUUGCUGAUGAGCAGAGCAUGGAUAUCGUCCGCAAACUCGAGGGGACUGGUUCCGGGACUGGCCAAGUUAAGCACGAGGUCAAGCCCACCAUCGUCGACUGCGGUGCCUCUUAG